AUGUAUUCAAAUUAUAAUAAAAUACCAUUUUGGAAUGUUUAUGAAAUUUGGGAGUAUCACCAAAUACAAAAAGAUUAAAAAGCAAAUAGAGAAAGCUAAAACAAACUAAAAGAAGAGAUUAGCAAUGAAGAGAAUAAUCUAGUGUAAAUGGUGUAGAUUCAAGACGUUUUGUAUAUUUUAAUUUAGGAUGAAUAAAACUAUCUGUACUAAUAUAAUACAAACACAAACACUCUAAAAUUCGUAACUUAGAUAGAUGAAAAAUUUAAAAUAAGAAAAAUGAUAAGUGAUGGAACAUAAUAUCUUUAUUUCUUUAGCUUGAACUGCUAGAAUAGUUACUUUUCUAAUUAUAGAUACACUCUGUAUAGAUUUAAUACAUAAAAAGAGAUAUUCGAUGAGGUAAAUGCUGGGGGAAUCCCACCUAAAGAGAGGGAAUGUUUAAACAGUGUUUUUCACAAUAAUAAAAUAUAUGUAUUCGGUUCUGACUCUACUUUUUCUUAAGGCGAAACUUAAGAUAGCCAACUUAAACAAUAAUUCUAGCAAUAAAAGAAUAUUUAUGUGUUUGAUUUGAUUUAAGAAGAAUGGGUUUCAAAAGAAGUGUCAGAAAUUGAAAUACCUAAGUUAUGUUCUGAAAGAUAUUGUAAUUUUGCUGAAAACUUAUUUUAUUUGGAAAAAUCAUUAAAUAUGACUGUAGUAAAAAGAAAUUUAGAAAGUCUGUAGGGUUAAAAGCAUGUUUUUGGAUACCUAAAAAAUAGAAAGAUAUAAGAUUAAGGUUUACUGUGUGCAUCUGAUAAUCAUCUUUAUAUUUAUGAUAUAGAUAGUUUAUAUAAAAUUGAAAAUAUUGCUUAUCAAGCCAAUGAAAACUAAAAUACAAUUGAGCUAGCUGACUAAAAACAAUUACAAUUAAUUAGACUCAACCAAGGUGUAAUAUUAACUGAAUGUAUGAGAUCAGAUAUUCAUUUAAAGGGCUUUAGAGUUCUAAAUGGUAUUUUAUAUAGCUUAGUAUAAAUAAAAAAUAAAAUUGCUCUUUUAUCAAUUUCUUAAACUGAUUUAAAGGAUUUAAAUGAGGAAGCUUAUUUACUCAAGUAAAAUAGCAAUUUACUUUAAGCUCACUCAGACUAAAAUCAGAUAAAUCAAAAUAUUAUUUAACAGAUUUAAGAAGAAUAAUAAAACAGGUAAAAUGAGCUUUAAAAAUAGUUUAAUGGAUAAAUAACAAUAGAAUAAAUUUUGUAAGAAUAACAAAAAAAUUAGAAGAUUUCUAAUAAGAAUGUUGCAAAUAGUAAAAAUAGAAAAAUAAACUAAAGUUAUUAUGGUUAAUCUCUUGAAGAGGAUGAUAUUAGUGUUGAAUUAAUUAAUUAUUUCAAUCAGCCAACCUACAGUGAUUUAAGAUUCAAGUUUGAAAAUAACAAUGACAUGUAUUGCAACAAAUAACUAUUGUCAUAUUAUAGCAAAUACUUUAGAAAACACCUGUCUGAUCCUGAUUUACUGAUAGUUAAGAUAAAUGAUGUUAGUUUUACGGCAUUCUAGUUGCUUAUUCAAUAAUUCUAUUAUUAAUUUACAAAUGACAUGUCUGUUUACGACUACAAUACAAUUAUAGAUCUUUUUAAUAUGGCAAACAAGUUUUCGAUCCCUAUACUUUAAGAAAAAUGUGAGUCUUUGAUAACAAUAUCUGAAAAUAAUUUUAAAUAAAUUAUUCCUCUUAUCAAGAAAGUUAGCACUUACUCUUUGAAAGAAAAGUGUAUAGAAUUCAUGAAGAGAAACAAGUAAUUUUUAAAUAGUGAAUACAUGAAAAGCUUUGAAAAAUCUGAUUUGAUUUUGCUUCUCACUUGGCUAAAUAAUAAAUAAUGUUAGCAUAAAAAGACAAUCAAAAUCUAAUCUGAACUUAAAAGCAAUUAUUAAUACAAUUACUCAAAUGUAGCGAAUGCUAAAGGUGUAAUUGGUCACUCUGCAACAAGUUCAUAAGAUUUAUAAUUAACAAGUAAUAAGAACUAAUAAAUAGAAGGAGGCUAGCAAUCUUAAUAAAAUUUAGCAAAGAGCCAAAAUAAUUAAGAAACCUAAGAAACAUUUAAUUGCAAUAAAUAUAAAAAUUUUUCAGGAAUAAUAAAGGAUGGAGCCUUAGACAUUCAUAUCUGUCUAAAUUGUAAAAUGGUAUUAAAUUAUGAGUGA